AUGCUGAGUAUAUUGGUGGUAAUUUUACUCAGCUUGCAUUUAGUGGCAUGUGUAACCUCAACAUCAAAAUCCCCAAAUCCCUUUCCUACCAUUGUAGUCGGUAAAGACACCACGGGCCUGUAUUAUGCUAAUUCUACGUUUGGGAAUCCUGGACAACAGCAGAUGCUCCGUAUUGACAUUGCCCAACCAUAUACUUGGGUCUUUUCUGGUAGUGAUUAUACGGAGUGCAACCACUUAGGUAGUGGGUGUCUCACUGGGUCGUUGUAUUACAUCAAAGAAAGCACAACAUCGGAACUUUUGAACGAUGGGAGAGUUUAUGAGAUGUACUUUAUUGACUCCAUUUUCUUCAAUGGCACUGCAGUUAUGGACACUGUAAAUUUCACGACAGUUGAUAACAGCCUCGGUAACGAGGACUUGUUAAGUGGUCUCAUCAAUACCACAGUUAACUGGUCAACCACUACAAACAGCCUUUCGGUCAAGAACAUGUCAUUCUUCAACGCGGACGACAGUCGGUACGUUUAUCAGGGAGCCCUAGGGUUAUCGGGGAAGAUCAACGAGGCGAAUGAUGAUAUCGAUGCCUCGAACUUCGAUGGUUCUUUCUACUUCUUGGAUCAAUUGGUUUCAAAUGGUGUCAUAAACUCUAGCUCUUACUCUUUGUGGCUGGGAGGUGAUAAUGAAAAUACCAUCAACUCAACAACUGACCUUUCGCUCGACGAAUGUGGGAAAUUGAUAUUAGGCGGAGUGGAUCAAUCGUUGUACACUGGUGAUUUUGUCAAGUUCGACACUCUGCCGUUUUAUGAUGUUGAAUCCCAAGAAAGUUCUCAAGGAUACCCGAUUAUUCCGCUGACGAAACUUUCCGUGCAAUCCAGCACUGGUCAAACUUUGAAUUUGACAUCAGAUUCUUUUGUGGAGCCUGUACUUCUGGAUUCCCGUUACACCUACAACUAUUUACCUAUGGAACUCGUCAUUCAGAUUGCUAUACAAGCGAAUGCGUAUUACGUGGAAUCUCUUGAUGGAUGGUUUGUUUCGUGCGAUAUAGCAGAUAUGGGAGCCUACAUGAUUUUCGAAUUCGGCAAUUUGGAGAUUGAAGUUCCUUUCAUUGAUCUCGUAAGUCCUGCUUAUACACUAAACUCUAACUCUUCACUUCAUUUCUCGAAUGGAGAAGAAGCUUGCCAUCUAAAGGUGUUUCCAAAUUCUGCAACGGGUUUCAGUGUUUUGGGUGGACCUUUCAUCAAGAAUAUCUUCCUCGCCGCAGACUUGGAUAGCAAUCAAAUUGCACUAGCACAAGCUUCAAGAGUCCCUUUAAGCUCGACAUCCGCGCUUAUUACACAGGCAACAUCCUCUUCAAGUUCGGAAACAGAUACUUCGAGUACCAAUACCGAAACGCUACUAAUUGUGACCGAUUCUGACUCGCCUAACAAUAAGAAAAGAAAUCAAAAAGUGGAGACUUCACACACUAAUUCGGAUUCCUUGAUGUACAAUCCAUCAGCGAUAAGAUCGGGCCAAAUCCCUUUCGCAACAACUAAUAAUUUGACUUCAUAUGAAUCUUUGAGUCUUUAUGUGUCUAUUUCGAACUCUUACUCUGCUUCGAAACUUGUGAACCAAUUCACCGCAACAAUUUCUUCAGAUGGUGUUAUCUUCACGGGGAGGUCCUUUUACAGUACUUCAAUACCAAAAAGUUCAUCAACAACGGCACAAAGUAGUAAUUCGUCUACUAACGCCGCCCACGGCCACUUAAUGGCACCAAUCUCAGUCAACAUCAAGGACUAUUCCUUUAUAAAACUGAUUUCCAGUGGAUUAUUUUUACUUCUCGGCAUAACUAUAAUGCUCUGA